CGCAUUUCAAAGGGCACAACACGUAAACCGGAAAUGACGAAAGUGCUUAUGGGAUACAAAAUGGUUUCCGCUGCAUAACUACUGGUGCGCGAUGCCCAGGCCGCUGUAAAUUUUCACAUAGCGAAGAGUGUUCUUAUAGUAAAGUGCGUAUCUGACCCCCUGACAAUGCCAGCUCCUCCACCAAGUGGUUAUUCGAUGGGGCAUGGCCCCAGUUGCUGGGACCGGGUCAAAAUGGGCUUCAUGAUGGGAUUCUGCGUUGGCAUGGCUUCAGGAGCUCUGUUUGGGGGAUUCUCAGCUCUCAGGUAUGGAAUGCGUGGCCGGGAGUUGGUGCAGCAGGUGGGGAAGACGAUGGUGCAGGGAGGAGGGACAUUUGGGACGUUCAUGGGAAUAGGCACUGGUAUCCGGUGUUGACAGGAAUGUGUGUUUCACGGUAGACUUAUUUACAGAAGCAUUCUUGAGUUGACAACAGCCACACAGAGCUGACAUGUGACGCUCUGACCUCCAAGGCGAGCUUUACACAUGAAUGCAGCGUGUCUAUAAUGUCAUCAUCAUUGUGUGUUAAUAAAUAUAUUUGUAAUAGAA